UCACUUCUGGCAGCCCUGCUUUUGACAGAUGUUGGUGAAAAAGUCGUGUUCGCUUCGUGGCUGGAAAAGAAAAUCCGUUUUUGCUCCGGUAAACCGUUCCGCGCGAGCCGCCCCGUACCGCCAUGGACCGCGGCCAAGUGGCCAGCCUGCUGGAGGACGUGCGGGGAGGCCCGGAAAAGGCCACCCUGUACCGUAAGCUGGUGAAAAUCCGCACGGACGUCAUCGGGACGGAGGCGGGGGUGGAGACGUUCUACGCGCUCGGCGGAAUCCGUCUGCUGGUGGGGCUAAUGGCCAAACCGUACGAGAAGGUGCUCGAGGUGGUGCUGUCCAUCCUGGGGAACUGCUGCAUGCGGAAGGACUGUGCGAAACAGGCCCACGAACAUGGCAUCCUGACGCCGUUGAUAUCGAUCAUUUCCAACAUUCCCAAUCCGGCGAUCCAGUGCCGCGGAUGUCGCCUGCUUGGGAACCUUGCCCAGUUUCCGGCGAUCACGUACGUCAUCGGGAAGGAUUGCUCCAACACGUCGUACGCCCUGACCGCGAUUCUGUCCGAGUCGAACAACACUGCGGUGCUGAUAAUGGCCAUCCGUGCCAUCCGGCAGCUGUGGAACGAAAAGUCAAUCCGAAAUAUGAUGAUCUCGCAGGGGUGUAUCAAGAAAAUCGUUGGGUUGUUGCUGAAAUUCGCGCGGAAUGAGGCGAAGGCGUUGGAGUGCACUUCUGACGAGGAGCCGCAAGCGGACGAAACUGAAAAGGUGGUCAUAAAGCGGAUGCAUGCGCCGGAUCGGACCGUGACGAGGGAAAAGUUUAAGAACAUUGUUCGGCACAUGGAAAACAGCCACCACUGCGAUAUCGUUGGCUAUCAGGUGAUCAAGAGCUACCGCUGGAAGGAUUCGCAGGACUUUAAGAUGCCGGAAGCGAAAGAAACGGUUGAGCUGUUUAUCGGGAUUUUGAAGUGUUUGCAGAUGGUCACGACGACGAUCAGUGCCCAGGUGGCGCAGGAGGUGUACGACGAGGACGGGUGCGGCAUGAAGUGCUUAGUGUUCCUUUGUUCGGAGACCAGUCAGUUCCGGGCGUUGGCACUGAAGAUCAUCUUCAAUUUGGCUUCGAAUCCGGACGCGAUCGACAAGCUGACGGCGUGUGACGUGAUCACGAUGACGAGUGAUUUGAUCAUGUAUGCCAAUUUGGACAGCUCGGAGAAGCGGUUCUGUACUAGUGUAAUAUGCUUACUAGCGAAGGAAGCUUGCAACCGUGGCCAUAUCCGGCGCAGCGGAGCGCUGCAAGCGUUGAUGAAACUAGCUAAACAAUGCUUGGAAAAGCGAGAACUCAGUAUGAUCCUGUACGCUCUCUAUCAGUAUCGCUUCGACAACCUCAGCUUUGACAUUCUGUUGAGCAACGGACUGGUGAGCUUCCUGGUGGGUGUACUGAACGAUAUUAUCUCGGAGAAACAGGUUAGCCACAUAAAACAUGACGACGAGGAGACGAUGAGUACCAGCGUCUACUCGAAGCGACGAUCAAGCAGCCAGAAAGCCAGUCAAAAGAAGCGCAGUGAUGAACUGUUCAACUACAAAAGCUCAAACUACUACCGCCAGUCAAAGAUGGCCAAGCUAGAUCCAUACUGCUCGGCUCCGGAAUCCCCGGAAAGUGGCUACGCCAGCACCAGCACUCGAAACCCCUCAAGCCUCACCUCCAGCCCGGCCCGAAUCGAUGAUCUCGAGGAAGACCUUGACGACAACGACAUCUACUCACCGGUCUGCAGCGACACCGAGGACGACCCGCCUCCCCCAGACGAGCCGGAACCCUCCAGCAGCCAACCGGAACCCGCAGAUGAAACCGAAGAAACUCGCGCCGCCAGCGAGUUCGACAUCCUAGCCUACCUCUACGACGACAACUCGAACACGUAUCUAGCAAACGAGAUGGCCGCCGCAGAUUUGGAGUGCGACGGUGGCGCCGUAGAAGAACCGCAACCGACGGCGACAUCUCGAGGCGAAAAGCGAUCGCGCAACCAGGUCAGCUUCGACGACACCAUCGACGAUAACGAAAUCCACGACAUCGAGCUGGAAAUCGUUUCGUCGAAGGCGUUCGAGAAGAACGCGAUGCAGCCGAUUCUGACGCUGCUGUGGUCGAUUUCCAAGUCGCACCGGGGGUUGGAGUUUGUCCAGCCGGACACGUUGGCGACGCUGCUCAAGAUUUGCAAGCUGUCGAAGAAGCCGCGGAGUAGGGCGUACCAGAUCAUUGCGAACAUCAUAAAACACGUGGACCACUUUUUGCCGCUGCUGAAGCAGGACUUUGUGUUUCGGCUGCACGAGUUCAAGGUGCCGCACACGGCGCAUUCGCGCUGCUGGAGCUGCGAUGAGAUGAAAUCCGCCUGCAACGAGCUGAUGUCGCUGUUUGGCAACAUUGCCGAGACGGGGUACGGCCAGGGCGAAAUAGCGCACAUUCUGCGCACCGCCGAGCGAACCCAGCAGCUGCAGGUGUCCAUCAUUGUGACGUUCGUGAUCCGGGACGCGAAGCUGCUGCACAAGCUGCUGUUCGACAUGAAGAUCCUGAACACUGUGAUGAACAUAAUUUUGAACGAAAACGAUGAGGGGGCAGAGGAGCUUCACGAUCAGCGCCUGAGUGCGGCGGCCGGCGCGGGAAUUACGACGUUGGCGCAGAAUCUGUGCAUUUGCGGCGAGGAAGAGGACACGGGAACGCCAAGCGAAACGCUGGAGGCAAAGGAGUUUGACAAUACGCUCACGAUCUGCGAUGAAGGUAGCGCUGAGGAGAAGGUCACUUUUAUGGUGACGAACGCGGCGGGGGUUGUGGAAAGUGUCCGCGUGAAUAAAUCCUUGUUGAUUCAGGGCAGUGACGUGUUUGAGCGGAUGUUCGACGGGGAUCACUUUGUGGAGGCCAAGAACAAUGAGGUACAUUUGAAGGAGGCCAUCAGCGUUGAUGGGUUGAAGUACUUUUUCUACCUGAUACGGCUUCAGACGGUGAACAAGCUGACGGGGAUGGCGCCACCGCCGAAAGUGAUCGGUUCCAGCCUGGACGCGCUCAGUUUGUCCCAGAAGUACAUGCUGCCGGUGGUGGAACGGUCCGUCCAGAACAUUAUCAAGACCCUGCUCAACGACGACUGUGUGUUGAACGUGUUCGAGUGGUCGCUCAAGAACUACAACCAGGAGCUGCUGGUGGCGUCCACGUACUACUUUCUGUACGCGGACAUUAGUGGCGCGGCCAAGUGUAAGCUGUUCCGAGCUGCGAACAAAUCCCCCUACCAGAAAGAGUGGCGCCGGUUGAUGAACGAAACGAUUCUGUUCCGAGUGCAGCCAAAUUUAGAGUAGAUUAACAGAGUGUUCACCUUUAACACGCAUUACGUUUUCCUAUUAUGUUAAUAGACACUAACUUAAAGUUGUUUUGCUAUACUUGUUUAUUGCUGUGCUAGAUGUAUUUAUUUGUAACGCUGCCGGGAUUCUGAUGGAACAAACUGAAGUUUAUCUUUUACACGCAUUCCAACAGAUAUACAAAUAUUAAAGCUCUACCCUAAUUGUGAAUUCUUUUAA